AUGGCUUUUUCAAUUUCUUUACUGAUGGCACUAGUGUUGAUCUUGUCCCACCCUCUGACCUCCAUUAGCUGUGACCUGCCUCAGAGCUUUGACUUGGGAAAGCAGGAGAGCUUCACAGCUCUCAACCAAGUGGUGACGAUCUCUCUUUCCCGUCUGAAGUACAGGACUGACUUCAAAUUCCCCCGGGAGCAGCUGGAGGGCGGGGAGUUCCGGAAGGCCCAGGCUGCCGCUGUCCUGCGGGAGCUGCUCCAGCAGACCUUCAACCUGUUGCACACGGAGCGCUCCUCGGCGGCCUGGAGCCCCGCGCCGCUGCACGGACUCCGCUCUGGCCUCCACCGGCAGCUGGAAGCCCUGGACGCCUGCUUGCUGCAGGCCACGGGCGAGGGAGAGCGCGCCCCGGGGAUGCGCGGCCCUGUCCUGGCCAUCAAGAGGUACUUCCAGGACAUCCGCGUCUACCUGGAGGACGAGGGAUACAGUGACUGCGCCUGGGAAAUUGUCAGGCUGGAAAUCAUGAGAGCCUUGUCCUCCUCGGUGACCUUGCAAGACAGCUUGGCCAUCAAGGAUGGAGACCUGGGGUCACCUUGA